GGUGUUAUAAUCUAAUGUAAUACUUAUUAUGCCGAGAUCAUCGGAAAUAGGAGAUUGAAGGCAUUAUGGAUCGGCAAGCAACUACUUGGGAAUCCUAAGGUGCUCCACCGGCGAGCGGUGGAGAACGUAGGAAGCCAUUUGCUCUCAUCGAAGAUGGUUUACAUGAUUCCGUUCUUCUUACUUUGGAUUUAUAUUUUUUGUUCUGCAUCGGCUGAGGGAAUCUUCGUAUCCGCUUCCGCAGGUGUGGCCUUUGGUCGGAGUUCGCGUGAACCGAAAUAUAAGAUAGUGUUUCAUUCAGCAAGUUCUCCGUUUCAUCCUAUUCUAUUGCAGGACAACAAACAGGAAUCUCUGGUGAUGACUAACAAGGAGGGACAGAGUUAUAUCUGUUUCCUACCCAUCGUCGAGGAAACAAAACCUUUGAAGCCAACUGCCCAACCAAAUUCAACGAACCUUAUCUUAGAAACUGACGGGCGGGUUAAACUAAAGACACCUGAUGAGCUUAUUGAAGGGAUAAAAGAGAAAUGUAUCUACAGACAUGAAGGAUGGUGGUCUUACGAAUUCUGCCAUCAGAAACAUGUGCGACAGCUUCAUUUGGAAGAUGAUAAGCCGGUUCAGGAGUUUCUCAUGGGUGUUUUUGAUCCAGUGGCAACUGCUAACUUUAACCAAAACCAGUCUGAUGCUACAGUUUUAAAAGAUCCACGUUCUAAAGAUGCUUCUCAAAGGUAUCAUGCUCAUGUGUACAAUAACGGAACUUUAUGUGACCUAACCAACCAACUUCGAGAGACAGAGAUCAGGUUUGUUUGCUCGGAACCUUCGGUAGUAAUCAGUUCUAUCAAGGAGAUCUCUACAUGCAAAUAUGUUGUUACAAUACAAUGUCCAAUGCUCUGCAAGCAUCCAAUGUUCCACCAAGAAAGACCAAUUUGGCACACUAUUCACUGUAAUGAGGAUCCCAGUGACACAAAAGCCACGACACAAAAACAUUCUGAAGCUAACCAGAUUAGAAUGAUUGAUGUUGAGUCCCAUCACUAUGCUACUUGAUUCCAAUAUAUCAGGAGUAAGAGAAACACGGACUUAAAGGCUCUUUUAUACAGGAUUCUUAAAUUUAAAAUGGUAAGGUUAGUUGCACUGUUAUAUUCAGCUUCAUUAUUACCUUUUUGUACUUGGUGCUGCUCUGUAUCUCAUGCUUAAUGGUGAGCUGGGUGAUGCUCGAUUCACUCGACAUGGCUUAGUUAAUUUCUAUGUAUUCUGCCACUACUGGUAGGGUUAAUUUAGUGCGUAGGUUCUUCAACUGGGAAGUAUGGCAAAUCCUAAUGUUUGCUUUCCUGUAUAACCGCUAUCUGUUGAGAGAUUUUAAAUCAAUAUCAGUUUGUUCUUCUUAGCUUACAA